ACGAGAAAAGGUGGAAAAAGUUGACUUUGGAUGUAUCGAAGAGUUGGGGGUUGUACUUGUUCCUUCUUUCUCAUGCCUACGGGAUUGAGAACAGAACAUCAACCCGCUUUAACCGUUCCCGUCAACCUCGCUGUCUCUGCAAUCAGUUACACACUACUUUUCCCGCACUCAGAUCAGAUCCAUCGUCCGAGCCAGGUUCCAAUUUAUUCUGCUAUGAUUCAAUUUUGAAAUGAAGAAGGUGUUUCACCUAACAGUGAUUAUUCUAAUGAGGGAGUUAUCGUGGCGUUGUUUUCGACACAAGAUUGAUUGGAGAAGAUUGUUUCUUCUUGUAUCAAUUUUUACUGCAUCUGGAUUCGUGUUUCAGAUGAUUGUUCAUACUUCUGUAAUUUCACCAAACAAACACUUUCAUUUUCCUCCUGGAGCUGCUGAUUCAUACAAAUCCUCCAAUAGUACUAUACAGUCGAAUGAGUUUAUUAAAGAGACAAUACUUCAAAACGUUCACCUCACUCUUCCAAAUUCCGCUGUUUCUCCCAAGUUAUCUAACAAUUUUGUUCAAUCGGUAUCGGUUGAGGCAGAUAGCAUAAACACCGAAGCACGACGAAAGAAGGACAGAAAUCUUGCUAAUACAAGUACAACAGUUACAACUUCAUUCCCUCGUGGGCGUGUUCCUUCUGGUAAGCAGACGGACAUUAGGUUGAUUACACCUACUGAGGCCCUUGUGUAUGCAAGGAAAGAGAUCGAUCAUGUUACUUCAGUGAAUGAAGAUCCUGAUCUUUACGCUCCUUUAUUCAGGAACGUUUCUGUUUUUAAAAGGAGCUAUGAAUUGAUGGAAACAGUACUUAAAGUUUAUAUAUAUCGUGAUGGAUCAAGGCCUAUUUUUCACAACCCUUCCCUUAAGGGAAUCUAUGCUUCUGAAGGAUGGUUUAUGAAGUUAAUGCAGGAAAAUAAGCAAUUUGUCACCAAGGAUCCCGAGAGAGCCCACUUAUUUUAUCUUCCAUACAGUGCACGCCAAAUGGAGGUCACACUUUAUGUGCCUGGGUCACAUGAUUUGAAACCAUUAUCAAUCUUUCUUAGGGACUAUGUAAACAAGAUUGCUGCAAAGUAUCCAUUUUGGAAUCGCACACAUGGGUCAGAUCAUUUCCUUGUUGCUUGCCAUGAUUGGGGUCCUUACACAGUGACUGAACAUGAAGAACUAGCCAGAAACACCUUAAAAGCUCUAUGUAAUGCUGAUCUGUCUGAAAGAAUCUUCAUUGAAGGAAGAGAUGUUUCCCUUCCAGAAACUACCAUAAGGGCACCAAGAAGACCUCUUAGAUAUCUCGGUGGGAAUAGAGCAUCACUACGUCCAAUCCUUGCUUUCUUUGCUGGAAGCAUGCACGGUAGAGUGCGUCCCACUCUUCUUAAGUAUUGGGGCGGUGAAAAAUAUGAAGACAUGAAAAUCUACAAGCGCUUACCUUUGAGGGUCUCUAAAAAGAUGACUUAUAUUCAACACAUGAAAUCAAGUAAAUAUUGUUUAUGUCCAAUGGGGUUUGAAGUUAAUAGCCCUAGGAUAGUUGAAGCCAUAUACUACGAAUGUGUUCCUGUCAUCAUUGCAGAUAAUUUUGUCCUUCCACUUAGUGAAGUUCUGGACUGGAGCGCUUUUUCUGUGGUGGUGGCCGAGAAGGAUAUUCCUAGAUUGAAGGAUAUUUUGUUGUCAAUCCCUAUGAGAAAAUAUGUUGCAAUGCAAAAUAAUGUGAAGAUGGUACAGAAGCAUUUCCUUUGGAACCCAAAACCAAUAAGAUAUGAUCUGUUUCACAUGAUUCUUCAUUCAAUAUGGUUGAACAAGCUAAACCAGAUUUGAACUCCGCAAAUAUAGACGGGAACCAUGCAAGACUCUUGCAGUCUUUCACUCAAUGAUUUGCUUCAUACAAUAGAAAUUUGAUUGAUUACUUUAUUAAUUACAUGAAUACUUGACAAGUAACCAAAAAGCUAGAUGGUUGAUCCUAAGCUAGGUAUUCUGGUUAACAGGUUUGUAAAUAAAUAGUUCAAUUGCUGUUAUUUUUAAAUGUGUAAUAGUUUUUUUUCCCUCUUUCAAAGUCUUAAAUCCUUGAACUCUGCAUAGUCUCUCUCAUAAAACCAUAGAGGGAAGUAUCUUGCUUUGUUUGUUGUUACUUUAUCUGGAUAAAGAGUUUAAUGUAUUAUAAUUAUCAUUGGGAAAAAAUUUGUGGGGCUACCAUUGUGAAAAAGCUCUGUUGCUUUCUAUCA